AUGUAUGCUUCUUCCAGCCUCCAAGGCUACGGGGCCACAAGCCCAGACGACGAUGAUCAACGCGAUCUUAGCGAUAACGAGUAUGUCUUUGGCGACGACGACGACGACGACAAUCUCGACUUCACCGAGGACGUCUCGCCAGCUGAUAUACCUCCUGCACCGGCACCUUACUACCCCGGCGUAACAACUUGCAUCGUGUGCCAACAAAGACCACCAUACUCGAAGAAUGGGAAGAGUUAUCCAACGUGCGGGAACACCUGUGCCCGCGUUCUCGAGGAAGCCAUCGGCAAUGCAACGCCACCUCGUGGUACCACCCGCGGGCGGAGUCGUGGCAUCGCCCAUACACCCAGCAGGCCGCCGCCCCUGGCUCUUAGCGACGUCAGUCAGGCACCUCAGAGCACAAGUCCUACCAACGCGAGCUCUAGCGUCGGUAAUCUAGCCCAGCACACGGCGGCUCUCCGAUCCCCUCGUCCGGUCCGACCACGACCACGACCUUUGGCACUGGGAGCCGACUUGAGCGGGCAAGCAAGCAGUAGCACCGCAAAUCUCAACAGAAGCCAGGCGAACACUAGCACAAUCACCCUUCAUCGACCUGCUCCUGCACCCGCCCCUCCAACCGAUCCAUGUGUUGUGUGUCAGACCAGGCCAUGCUAUAGCGCAAAUUAUGUUACAUGUGGAUUAACUUGUGCUGAGAAGUUGUGCAGGCAGGGGGCUGCUGAUAAAACAAUGUGCGAUUAUUGUCAUAGGCGUCCGAAGCUCGCAGGACACAACCAAUGUGGGAAGGCGUGCGCCGACAACGCCAAGGUCGCCUGCUUGUUGUGUAAGAGUCGACCAAAGUUCAAGCGUUUUCACCUUUGUGGCAAAACCUGCAAGUCAUUCUCAGUCAAAAUAACACCGCUCAUACUUGAGGCACCGCGUGGGCACGCAACCUACGAGCUAGUGGAGAGUAAAUUCAAGAGUGGGUGGAAGGUCAACACCCCGCCUGCAAUUCGGAAUGUCUACAAGAUAAUCGAGAACAAGAACUUCCUGCAACCCUACGAUAGAUACAAGAAGACCGUCGGAAAUGAAGUCUUCCGUUAUCACGGUACGACAAGGAGAUGCACUCUAGGGUCCAACGGGAACACCCAACUGUGCUCCAAUGCUCAGUGUGCACUCUGUUGCAUCUUGAAGACAUCUUUCAAGACAAGUCUUGCCAAUCCUACCGGAGCCUUCGGGCCAGGGAUCUACACCUCUUCGGCGGCUAACAAGGCAUACAGCUACUCCUCUGGCGGGACAGGCGCUGUCCUAUUGACCAAAGUCGUCCUCGGCAAAGUGCGUACCGUCAACGCGUGGAAUGAAGUGAUGUCGUGCCCUCCAGGUUUCCACUCCGUCGUCUUUGAUAGACAGAACGGUCAACUGAACGAAACGAUUAUUUACCAAGACGAUGCCAUCCGGCCUGUAUUCUUGAUUACAUUUUGA